CAACUGGAACAGGAUCUCCAGCGGGCUCGUUCUCAGGGACUCUUGGUUGGAGGAGCUCCAGGUGGAAACUCCAGCCCUGGUGCUGCUAUGUUCGAUGUCGAGUACAACAGGUGGCUGGACGACGACAGCAGGCGCAUGAUUGAGCUCCGGGGAGGCCUGCACGCGCACUUGCCGGAUGGUGACCUCAGGGCCAUCAUCGACGACACCUUGACCCACUACGAUGAGCUCUUUCGCCUCAAGAGUGCCGCUGCAAGGGCGGACGUCUUUCAUCUCAUCACUGGGAUGUGGGCGACCCCAGCCGAGCGCUGCUUCCUUUGGAUGGGCGGCUUCCGGCCCUCUGAUCUGCUCAAGACACUGGCACCUCAGCUUGAUCCCUUGACUGAACAGCAAAUGGUUGGCAUCUGCAGCCUUGAGCAGUCAUUGCAGCAGGCAGAAGAAGCUCUCACCCAGGGCCUGGAGCAGCUCCAUCAGUCAUUAGCAAUCACGGUGGCAGGCAGCGGGUCUCUUAGCGACGAUACCAACAUGGGGAGCUUCAUGGGCGACAUGGCCGUUGCUCUCGGCAAGCUGGCUAACCUUGAAGGCUUUGUCAUACAGGCUGAUAACUUGAGGCAGCAGACUCUUCACCAGAUGCACAGGAUUCUGACAGUUAGGCAGGCAGCUCGAUGUUUCUUGGCUAUUGGCGAGUACCAUAACCGCCUCCGUGCCCUAAGCUCCCUCUGGGCUUCUCGCCCUCGAGAGAUACUGAUGACAGAUGAAGGCAAUUGUGGAGAGCUAAGCAUUGCAGCACAUCCAGCUGAAAGCCAAUAUUCAGCCUACUGAUUCAAAUGUAUCUUGGAACUAACCUUCAAAGUAGGAGCAUAAGCAAAACAACUGGGAAGAAAUUUUUUGGAUGUAAUGUAGCAGAUAUGUGAGAAACAGAGAGCUGGGAAACAAAGGAAGCUCCAGAAAUGGGAGAACUUGUCAGAAUGCGUAGAACUGUCAUCAGAUUUUCUUGAGUCAAAUGGUUUAAUGUAUCCUGGAGUGAGAACAAAUGGAGGACACCCAGAGUUCAUUAUUGAAAUGGUACUUCAAUUUGUGUUA